GAUAGUGAUGUGUCAGACGAAGAAAUGGCGGAUUCUUCGGAAGAUACACCUCAAAAUAUUAAAAUAAAAAGUGAACCUUCUGACUCUGACUCAACAGAACACGUGUCGGAGUUGCAACCAAAACCAAUAGUAUUUUUUGGUGUCGCCGCCAGUAACUACCAAGAUAUAAUAAAAGCUGUAUCUGUUUUUAAUACAGAGGAUGAUGGUGACGACCCGCUAUUUCGAAAGAAAAAGCAAUUGACAGCUGAUGAAAUACGCACGCGUUGGAAUGUUCAUAAAAUCUUCAAACGCCUCGGCACACAGGAGCAGUGCCUCCAGUUUGCCCUGGACAGAGCCCUGCUGCCGGCUUCCCGACUGUGCAGGCGCCACAAGACCCCUAUGAAAUUACAAACAAUUGGCGACAGUAUAGGACGAUUUCAGUGUACUAAGGACAUCUGCCGAAAUCGAGCUUUUAGUAGGAGUGACCAUACGUUUUUUGAGGGGUGCCAAAUGCAACUUAGACUGAUUUUCGAAAUGAUGUAUUUCUACAGCAAUGGCUACGAUUACGAGCAGACACAGAGGGAGUGCUACAUCCCGGACCGGGACGCCGCCCUGCACCUCGCCACCAUCGCCAUGUGGUUCGGCUACUGCAGGGAAGCCGUCGUCAUCUACCAGAUCAAACACCAAAAGGAAAAACCUAAAAUAGGAGGCCCUGGUCGUUUAGUUAUAUUAGACGAAUCAAAAAUGGGGUACACAAGCAUGAGGGCGGAAAAUCCAGGCGUGGCCAUUGGAUGAUCGGUAUUAUAGAGGAAGGCACCUUAGACUUCAGAGUGGACGUUUUCCCUGAUAAUGAGAAGAGUUUAAAUGAAAAUUUGGUGAGGGCAGUUAAAAGACACGUGAUCGAAGGAAGCACUAUCCGUGCCGGUGACUGGGCCGCGUACAGGUGCUUGUGUGACCGCGGGUACGCGGUGGAGGUGACAGACGAUGCCAGUGAGAGGCCCUGGCAGGUGCUAAAGUGCUCCUACAAGGGUUUCAAUGAGCGCUACCACUACCAGGAGGACAUGGGGUUCGCGGAGUGGCUGGUCGAGCUGUCGUGGAGGAAGAGGAUGAAGAUGCGCAGUCUGGAUCCGUUCGAGAAAUUGAUAGAAUGUAUCCAGUAUGUAUAUCCACGGAGGAAACUUAAAUAAUAUGUACCUAC